AUGUGGCCCAAUCGUGACAAGAUCCUAACCACCUUGGAGAGGUGUUUCCGUCUGUUGGCUGGGACAAGACACAUCGCGACCCCGAAGUCGCCGGGGAACACCGGUACACUGAUCAGCCGUUGCUUGAAACGGCCCAUAUUCGAUAGUAUCAAGCACCGUGUGACACGCAUGGACCACAAUCUCUUUGACGUGAUCUGGCCCGCUUUAAAGAAGCAUGGCAACUCGGUUUACAACAGCAAAGCGAGCAGCGCUUAUUCGGUCGUCAGCAACCACGUGGAGGAAGAUCAAUCCUUGUCCAUCGUAGCGCCGGAUUACGAGAGCUACAUCGUCUUCGCGGAGUUCUUCGAUCCUCUGAUCAGGGACAUGCACUGCGUCACGGCCAGCGGCGAUCUUCCCGAUCAUCCGGCGCCGCGAUUCUUCUACGCGGACGACGACGAGGGCGAGGAGGGUCCGGACACCGCGUACGAUCUCGAUCCACCGGCGAAGUACGUUCAGGCGGCCGUGAUGGAAUGCUGCAGAAACCUGGAGAAGUACUCGUUGCCCCUGACGCUGACGGUGAACCAAUUGGAGGCGGUGGAGAGGGUGCUGACCAACGAGCUGAUGAGCUCAGAGAUCUCCGGGAUGAUGGCGGAGGGCAGCAGCGAGGACGAGCCUGGAACUUACUUCACCCUCAACGAGAUCUUGGACCAACCCAGCCCCGUCAGAGCCCAGCUGGCGGCUGCUGGUUUGCUGUUGCCGAUCGCUGACUACGAUAUUCAAGACGACAAACGACUGCACGGCAGACAAUGGCCGUACGGACGCGGAGUCUACGUCGCCUCCGCCGGAGAUCUCGCCGCCUGGGUGAACGUUCAGGAUCACCUGAGGAUCGUUUGCCGCACCAACGACUCUAGACCAGGUCUGAUCGGUCGCGCCUACGUGAGAGUCGCGAAGAUCAUGGUGAUACUCGACGAGAGGCUGCAGUUCAAGAGAGACACGAAGCUGGGCUUCCUCAGCGCUAGACCGUACGCAAUCGGCAACACUCUCAGGUUCAGCGCGAUAAUACGGUUCCCCGAACUCUCCAAGGAGUUCGAAAACUUGAAACACCUGUGCGUCGUGCGUGGAUUGAGUAUACGCGAAACUGCCCGCCAGGAUACCGUUCGUAUCGGCAACCAACAGUCCUUGAGCAUCACGGAACUGCAGACGCUUCAGGACUUUUCCAGAGCAGUGUUGAAUAUACUGAUGUUGGAGAAGGAGCUGACGAUAAACAGCUCGAUGAAAAUCGCUAAUUUACUCGCGGGACUGUUUCGGAAACGGACGAGCGCGAAACGUUUUCAGAAUUAA